CUCAGCAAAGGAUUUUUUAUUUGAUCGGCGGAUCAAAUCAGCUUCCGCAACAGGAAGUUGCUCGGCACUCUCUCAUUUCACUCUCUCAAUUCACUCUCUUACCAAUUGACAUAAACUCGAUGACGGAAGGUAUAUAAUUAACACCAACGACAGCAAAAUCAACGAGCGAUUUUCUCUCUCCUCUUCAAUAAUGGCGGCAGCCGUGUCAAUCGCAGCAGAGUGGCAGCUUCUCUACAAUCGGUACUACCGGAAGCCUGAAUUAUACUCCAUGAGAUGGAAGCACAUUGAUCUCAACCGUAACAAGGUAGCCUGCGCACCAUUUGGCGGUCCAAUUGCCGUAAUCCGUGACGAUUCCAAAAUCGUCCAACUUUACGCUGAAUCAGCCCUCCGUAAACUCCGAAUCUUCAAUUCCGCCGGCAAUCAGAUUGCUGAAACAGUUUGGCGAAACCCUGGCGGCCGAUUAAUCGGCAUGUCCUGGACCGAUGAGCAAACCCUAAUUUGCAUCGUGCAAGACGGCACCGUUUAUAGGUACGACAUCCACGCGCAGGUCAUUGAGCCCAGCCUUUCGCUGGGGAAGGAGUGCUUUGAGCAGAGUGUGGUGGAGUGUGUGUUUUGGGGGAAUGGAGUUGUGUGUAUGAAUGAGGCCUUUCAAUUCUUUUGUGUGCCUGAUUUUUCCAAUUUCGAUUCGGAUAACAAGGGUGUGGUUAAGCUGGCUGAUCCUAGUCUUGAUGAUCCGCCAUUAUGUAUGGCUGUGAUUGAGCCCAAGUACACGAUGUCGGGCAAUGUGGAGGUGUUGCUUGCUGUUGGGGAUCAUGUUUUGUUGGUUGAUGAAGAUGGGAUACAGCAGGUGGGUGUUGGAGUCGGCCCUCUUCAGAAGAUGGUGGUUUCCAGGGAUGGAAAGUAUUUGGCUUCGUUUACUCAUGAUGGGAGGCUCUUGGUUAUUACCUCUGACUUUUCUAGCAUCAUUUUUGAGUACAGUUGCGAGUCUGCUCUUCCUCCAGAACAGCUGGCUUGGUGUGGACUGGACAGUGUAUUACUGUAUUGGGAUGAUGUUCUUCUGAUGGUUGGCCCAUAUGGAGAUCCAGUGCGCUACUUUUACGAUGAACCAAUAGUUUUGAUAUCAGAAUGUGAUGGUGUAAGGGUCCUUUCCAACACAAAUAUGGAAUUCCUCCAGCGAGUUCCUGAUUCCACGGUAUCUAUCUUUAAAAUAGGAAGCACAACUCCAGCAGCUUUGCUAUAUGAUGCUUUGGAUCAUUUUGAUAGGCGAAGUGCUAAGGCUGAUGAAAAUUUGAGAAUGAUAAGAUUGUCAUUGCCAGAGGCAAUCGAAGCAUGCAUUGACGCAGCAGGUUAUGAAUUUGAUGUUUCGCGUCAGCGAACUCUGUUGAGAGCUGCAAGCUAUGGUCAAGCAUUUAGCUGCAAUGUUCCUCGUGAUCGUUUCCAAGAAAUGUGUAAAACAUUGCGUGUAUUAAAUGCUGUGCGCGGCCCUGAGAUUGGGAUCCCUCUUAGUAUACAACAAUACAAGGAGCUAACAGCACCAGUUUUGGUUUCUCGCUUGAUCAAUGCCCAUCAUCACCUUCUGGCAUUGAGACUGUCCGAGUACCUUGGCUUGAACCAGGAGCUGGUCAUAAUGCAUUGGGCGUGUACAAGGAUAACAAGCUCGUUAGCGAUGCCUGAUUCAACUCUUCUCAGUUUUUUACUUGACAAGUUGAAAUUAUGUAAAGGCAUAGACUAUGCGAGAGUAGCUGAGCAUGCAGAUAAAAGAGGUCGUAGGAAGCUAGCUGCUGCUCUUGUUGAACAUGAGCCUUGUUCAUCUAAACAGGUUCCACUGCUAUUAAGCAUAGGAGAGGAAGAUUCAGCUUUGACAAAAUCAACUGAAAGUGGGGAUACUGAUCUUGUUUAUUUUGUCCUCUUCCAUAUUUGGCACAAGAGGCCAGCAUUGGAGUUCUUUGGAACAAUUCAAGCUAAACCUCUGCCAAGGGACUUAUUUAUAGUGUACUCAAGGUGCUAUAAUCAUGAAUUUCUGAAGGACUUUUUCUUGUCAGCUGGACAGCUGCAGGAAGUUGCAUUUCUUUUAUGGAAGGAGUCCUGGGAUUUAAGCAAGAAUCCUAUGGCUAGCAAGGGCACUCCACUUCACGGACCACGUAUUAAACUUAUUGAGAAGGCUCGUGAUCUCUUUGCUGAAACAAAGGAACACAUUUUCGAAUCAAAAGCUGCUGAAGAGCAUGCAAAAUUAUUGAGAAUGCAACAUGAGCUUGAGGUAUCCACAAAGCAAGCUAUCUUUGUGGAUUCAAGCAUCAGUGACACCAUUAGAACGUGCAUUGUACUUGGAAACCAUCGAGCUGCUAUGAAGGUGAAAAAUGAAUUCAAGGUUUCUGAGAAAAGAUGGUACUGGCUUAAAGUUUUUGCAUUAGCUACAAUAAGAGAUUGGGAGGCCCUGGAGAAGUUUUCUAAGGAGAAGAAGCCACCAAUUGGCUACAAGCCCUUUGUUGAGGCUUGCAUUGAUGCAGAUGAAAGAAAUGAAGCUUUGAAAUAUAUUCCAAAACUUACUGAUCCUGGAGAAAGAGCUGAGGCUUAUGCUCGGAUAGGAAUGGCAAAAGAAGCUGCGGAUGCUGCUUCUCAAGCUAAAGAUAGUGAGCUGCUUGGUCGGUUGAGGUUGAGUUUCUCACAAAAUACUGCAGCGACAUCAAUUUUUGACACUAUCCGUGAGAGGUUGGGUGUUUCAUAAAGUUCUUGCUGCAUUAUCUCUAUCUCCUUCAGAGAGGUCCCCCUUUUUGGGUUUGGGGUAGGGCUGGGAGCAGGGCGGCUGGUGUGUGUGUGUGUGUGACAGCGUGAGGCUACUAUGUUUUCUGAGUGUAAAUUUUUUCCUGAAACGUCAUGCACUUAUUGUUCUACCUUAAUAUCGUCCACAGUAAAUCCUGCAUCCUUAAUCCUUAAUCCUUAAUCCUUAACUUGUAUAAAGCCUUUGGAUGUUAACCUUUUGCGUAAUUCAGAUUGGAGAAUGUUACCCUUAAAAUUUUGUGCCUAGUCCGAGUUGUUCACCGAUUUCCUUUCAGCUUUUGAUAUCUAUAUAAGCACACAGUUUGUGAAACUGAUUUCAA